AUGCACUUCACAAACAGUGUUGUCAUUGGAGCUUCCCUCCUCGGCCUCGCCACUGCCAGCCCUGUCGACCUCGAAGGCCGCCAGACAACCUGCUCAAGCUACACUCUAAUCGACACCCGUGGCACAGGCGAAGCCCAAGGCCCUUCCGCAGGCUUCCUCACCAUGAACCGCAACAUCCAAUCCCAAGUGUCUGGCGGCAAAGUCUACAACACCGUCUACGCCGCCGACUACAGCCAGAACUCUGCAGCAGGCACUGCCGACAUUGUCAACCACAUCAAGACCACUUUACAGAGCAGCCCCAACGAAUGCUUUAUCCUUGAGGGAUACUCUCAAGGCGCCGCCGCCACCGUCAACGCCUUGUCGCAAUUGACAGGCACCGCAAACACUGCUGUCAAGGGUGUCUUCUUGAUCGGCGAUCCUCUUCAUAAGAGCGGUUUGACCUGCAAUGUCGACAGCACCGGCGGCACUACGACCAGAAAUGUCAAUGGGCUUGAGUAUAACGCUUACUCCAAUUCCAUCCCUUCGAGUUGGAUCUCCCGUACCUUGGAUGUUUGUGCUUAUGGCGAUGGUGUUUGUGAUACCACGCAUGGUGCCGGUAUUGAUGCCCAGCAUCUUUCUUACCCUAACGAUGCCAAUGUACAGAAUAUGGGCACUAAGUUUGUUGUUGGCAAGCUCAAGGGUACUUCUUAG